AUGAGAAGCUGCAAGAUGGUCCGAGUGGUGAGUGUUCUGGGGCUAGUGAUGGUCAGCGUUGCUCUCUUGAUUUUGUCCUUGAUCAGCUACGUGUCCCUGAAAAAAGACAAUAUCUUCACCACUCCCAAAUAUGCCAACACAGGAGUGCCAAGAAUGUACAUGUUCCAUGCUGGAUUUAGGUCACAGUUUGCACUGAAGUUCCUUGAUCCUUCCUUUGUACCCAACACAAACUCCUUGAACCAGGAGGUGCAGGAUAAGGCUCCCAAGUGGACAUUCAACAGAACAGCAUUCUUACAGCAAAGACGAGAAAUCCUUCAGCACGUUGAUGUGAUCAAAAACUUUUCUUUGACAAAGAACAUGGUUCGGAUUGGACAGCUGAUGCAUUAUGAUUAUUCCAGCCAUAAAUAUGUUUUCUCCAUUAGCAAUAGCUUCCGGUUCCUGCUUCCAGAUGUCUCGCCUAUUCAGAACAAGCACUACAAUAUUUGUGCCGUUGUGGGAAACAGUGGAAUUCUUCUCGGCAGUCAGUGUGGACAAGAAAUAGACAAAUACGAUUUUGUUUUCCGUUGCAAUUUUGCACCAACAGAAGCAUUCCAGAAAGAUGUUGGGAGGAAAACCAACAUAACCACUUUUAACCCUAGCAUUCUGGAGAAGUAUUACAACAAUCUUUUGACCAUUCAAGAUCGCAAUAACUUUUUUCUAAGCUUGAAGAAGCUUGAUGGAGCUAUUCUCUGGAUUCCAGCUUUUUUCUUCCAUACUUCAGCCACUAUUACAAGAACUUUGGUAGACUUCUUUAUUGAGCAUCGAGGACAAUUAAAAGUCCAGUUGGCUUGGCCAGGAAAUAUAAUGCAACAUGUUAACAGGUACUGGAAAAACAAGCACUUGGCCCCCAAGCGACUCAGCACGGGCAUCUUGAUGUACACCCUCGCAUCGGCGAUUUGCGAUGAAAUCCACCUCUACGGCUUUUGGCCCUUUGGCUUCAACCCAAACAAUCGAGAAGACCUUCCCUACCAUUAUUUUGACAAGAAGGGAACCAAGUUCACGACCAAGUGGCAGGAAUCCCACCAGCUGCCUGCUGAAUUCCAGCAGCUCUUUCGAAUGCACGGCGAAGGACUUGCAAAACUGACUUUAUCCCACUGUGCCUAAGGAUUUCGUACUUGAAGUGCCAAAAGAUUGUCGCUGUCGUUUUUUGAGGGGGGAAAAAAAAAGUGUCCCCGUUGAAUUUGCGAUUCUUCAAAGCAGAAUUCUAAGAGGAAAGAGGUGGGGAAGCCUUUAAUUCUGGAGAGGUUUACAGUUAGUCUCCUGUUUAUUGCCAGUUUUCAAGGCUAAGGAGGGCGGCUUUGCCUGUUCGGCAACGCCAAAGCGUUUCUUCUCUUCCUGCAGUAGGAAAGUCAAGGCUGUUUACAGCAGAGAGUUUUGCAUUUCUUAGCUAUGCUGCCAAGAAUAUUAAAGUAUUUUCAUAGUCAUAUAUUUUUCACAUUCUGCAAAAGAAGAAAAGGUGAAACUAUCAACUGUUAGAAUUUCUGUGUUUGCUUAUUCCGAUUAGCUUAUUGUUGUUGCUGGUUUGGGACGUCUUUGGGGGAGGGGUUAAUUUAUGCUAUUGCUAUUAACAGUGGAACAUGCCUGUGUUAAUUCAUGGUCAGUCUGAGAAUUGUUCCUGAUGUUUGGACUGAAUGAUGAUUUAUGGCAAUAUUGGCCUAUUAAGAUCACCGAGAAUGUAUCAUCAUUAAGGGACUACUGAAUUGUUCCCAAAGUCUAGUUUUUCCCUUUGGAAGUCAAAAUCAAGGAAAAGUCAAAGACAUUUUCCAUGCAUUUAAGCAUCUGGGAUGGUAGCUGAAUACCCAAAUGGCAAUUUGGCCAUUGACCCAAUUUUUAAAGCCCUUUCUUCUUUCCAUAUCCCAUGUUGGAAGCACUUGGUCCAGCUACCAUCAGUGCAGUUCAGACUAAGCAGCUAAUGUGGCCCUUUGCUAUUACCGGCAUAAAAAUAAUUUUGUGCAUGCCGUGUUUGUGCAAAAACACCAUCAUUUUGCACACCGUGUGUUUGCUUAAGUAGAAGUAGCAUGUUUCUGAUCUGCCAAUUAUCUCCUGCAUUUUUUGCUUUAAUUCCCCUCUUUUGCGUGGUUCCAUAGUGUAGAGAACUACAGAGAUAUCCUUGGAAAAAGAACGUGGCACCAUUUAGCAAAACAUGAAUUAAGCUCAGGAAAGGAAAAAGGUAUUCAAAAGAAACUUAAAGUGACUCUGCCUUGACUGUCAUAUAAGAGGG